AUGAAACCUCCUAGUGCGGCUGCGCAAAGAGGCAAAGGCGCCUUCGCUAGCAAGAGCACCAGGACGCCCCUCAAGCAACUCCGUAAAGGUACCAAUUUGAGUCGUCAGAAGCUCUUGCGUCUGCAGCGGGAGGCCCUCAUGGUAAAACGACAGAAGACUGAGGUACAGAAAUCCGCGCAGAAGAGGGAGGUAACAAAACGGGUAUUGGCUGCCCAAAACAAGAAAAUUCACAAAACCUUUGAUCAAGGCAUUCUUCAGAGUGUUCAGGGCGGUCUGGUGGAGUCAAUUGAGAGCCUUGGUGAACCUGUUACUCCGCUCUCACUCUUUAUGGCAGCGUCUACGGCCCUUUCCCUUUCGCCAGAGAAACAUCACGUGCCGUACAUCCUUGCCAUCCUGUCGGCUUGCGCUCCGCGACUAAGCCAAGGGAUGCUGCUGCAUCAGUUGGAACCAUCUAUUGCAACUGUUGAACGAGUCAUUGCGGAAAACAUAGCGAGCAAUUACCUCGCGGUGGCGAAGGCAAUGAAGUUUUCCCAACAGCUAGUCCUCUCUGUAGAAUCGCCUUCCAUGAAGGUGCUCAAUGUUUUUUCUCGCUUGGAGCCUAGCAAAAUGCAAGUUGACAUCAUGAAAAUGUACUUGGUGGCCUUCCGUAAACUUCUCGAAAGAUCGGCAGCACAUUCCCCAACCGAUGAAUCCAUUGGAGGCACCAGGAACAACGUCUCAGAAGGUGGUGUCUACAUACUGAGUGAUAAUCAAAAUUUUUUCGUACAGGGGGUUCGGCAUUUUGCGGCUCUUUGUGUCAGCAACUUCACUGACGCCCCCUUAAGUGUCGUUUCUUCCACCACUGCAGAGUUUACCGUGUUAAUCCGGCGGACUAUUUCUCCCUACAUCGUCGAAUCGGCUGAGGGACGGGAAAUGAUUGACGAAAUUGUUUCAAAUCGGCUGUUGGAAUUGUUGAAACCGCAUUGUCAGGUGUACUGGAGCUAUGCCUUGGAAAUUCUUGAGGCACUAUUCAACCGAAUCAAUUAUCUUAAGCGCACAGCUGCUGGCGAUGCCAUGCUACUGACGAGACGCUUCCCCUCCUUUCACUUCCUCUUGCGCGUACUGAACAAAAUGCGGAGAAUGGAUGAUGGUAAGUUAAAUGGGGCAAUCGAACGUGCCAUGGUCGCUUUAGGCAGAGGUAUGACGGUCCGGGAAUUUGUGGAUAUCAUUCCAUUUGAUCCCCGCCAAGUCUACGAGGCGGAGUUGAGGGGCACUGCCAUCGGUGGCGCGUACCCGUCUCCCGACGACGAUCCGUGGAUAAAUAGUUAUGUGAUGGGCGUGCUUAGGCGCACGGCGUCGCAUGACUCACUGCCCUUUUUUGUUGAGUACUUCUUCCCACUCAUUCAGUUUACUAGUGGCGUGGCCCUAGAGUAUGGGCGCCAGCAGCAGGUAGAGCUAGCAGCGAAAUGGACAGCGCUGCUGCAGCAAUAUUGGCGUUUGGCUAUUGGGUUCUGUCAGUAUCCCCGUAUAGUGGAUAAAGACUCUUUCCGUGACGUCGCAAAGCAACUUGUUGGCCUCCUUCCUCACCCCCUCUUCGCUGACGCAGGUGCUACUGCUCUGCAUAUGCUCUGCAGUGGUUAUUACGAUUUGGCAUCGACAGAACCAGUGGAUGAUGAUGAUGAUAUCAAUGAUGGCGUGGGAGAGGCAGAGGAACAAGAGAAGGGGUGGCUGGCAGAUGAACAGCAAGAGGAGGAUUCCUCGAACCGAGUUCGCGCGAAGGUCGGACUGGGACACAAGAACAGCCUGGAUGAGGAUGAUCUCUUUCUUUCUUUAAAUGACCCCACGUGGAACCGCCAUGUUUACCAUGGCAUUUCCCAAACCACAGCGAAGGACGUCUGUGGUAAUGUGUUUUCGCGUUUCAGUGCGAACAUAAUGCCCAAGUUGUGCAACACUUUCGAAACUCACAACUCCACGUCCAUCCUUCGCGCCAUUCAUAGCUUUUCUCGGGUAUGCUCGCGGGAGGUCAUGCAGGUUAUUUUGAAGGGUAUUCUGGACGUCGGGGCUAAUAUCGCACAUAAACAACAGUUACUGCAAGAAAAGGCAGAGGAAAGGGGUGACAAAGUAGUGAAGAAGGCGGGAUAUGCGCCUUUGACUGGAAAGCGCCGCAUGAUACUCGACAUUGCUUGUGCCGUUGUCGAACAACUCGAGAAGGAACAUUUGGUGAAACUGUUCGACGACAUCAUCGAACCGGUACUAAUGGACCCAGCACCCGAGUCACGUCUGCUGCAGAAAAAAGCAUACAAACUUCUCUAUUCGAUGUUUGAGUUCCGUAGCAAGGACAUUUUCCCGCUGUUCACGCGCAUUUCAGGGAUUCUCUCUGUAGGACGCCAGAACGUUACUAUAUCUGGCAUUAAAAUGCGUCUGCGGUGCAUUGUGUGGGCCCUUGAUGCCUGUAAGAUGUUUUACCCGGAUCACGUCACAACAAUGAUACGUGCGAUUGUGGGAGAAACCAUCACACUUUCCCGCGAACGCUCUAGUGAGGUUCGCACACUCUCCAUGGAUUUGUUGGAAAAAAUGCACCGUUACUUAAUUGGCGCUGGAAAUCCUGUCAACACCCUGCUGCACCUUGUGCUCGCUGGAUUCUCUGGGAAAACCACAUGGAUGAUUUCUAGCACGCUUGUGGCUAUGGCAAAGAUUGUAUCUGUCGCUCAUGAAGAGCUUCCUGAGAAAGAUCUUGAUGCGGCAGUGGCUUUAGGAAUUCGCAUGAUGGAAUCUACGGCUCUUGACGUGCGCUCAGCCGCCGCGAUGUUUGUACGUAUGCUGCUCAAAAUGAUGAAGCGGAGCAGACGUGUAGGGGCUGCGGUAGAGAAGUCUAUUUCGAAGUUGAUGUUAGCAAUCGCCCUCACAACCUCGCAACCGCGUGUGUCAAGCAACACCCGUCUUCAGAUGCGCGUGAUACUGGAAAAGUGCAUCAAGCGGUUCGGCUACGAACGACUUGAGCCCACCUUUCCCAUUGGCUCUAAGAACUUCCUCCGUUACACGCAAAAGAUGAUGAAGCGCGAGCAGAAGAAGGAAGAGAGAGAGCUCCGCAAACGCACUGAAGAGCGGAAGAAUGAGUUUGACAGGCUCUUCCUUGGUGCCGGCAUGAAGGCUGGAACGGAGGAUGAUGCAGAGCGUGACCUUCUGCAGGCUGGCGGACUCACAAGUUUUGUUUCAGCUUAUGCUUCGCCUUCCUUCAAUGCAGGUUCGGCUGGCAGAGGCUACAAUGGGGAUGAAGAUGAUGACGAACUGGACAACAUGCACAUCGAAUUCCAAGAAGGCAAGCUUCAUAUCAUGACAGCGGAAGAGAAGCGAAAGCAGGAUGAUCGUCGACGACGCGAAGAGAUGGCCAAAAAACUCCUCCGCUCCCGCAACGGCCUUGUUCACGCGGAUGCGCUUAAUGAGGGUGCGGUUGCGCAGCGCGGGAAGCGAACUCGUAAUGACGUUGAAGACUUUGAAAAUGAUGAACUAUUGUUGCGCUAUGGAGACAAGAUCAAUAAUGAAGGGGCUGCAGCGGCUGCUCGUCGGGUUGUGGGACCAGGUGUCAAUCAAGUGGAGCGACUUCGUGAGCAGAAACAGGAGAAGCGGGAGCUCAAGCGCGCGCGCGUCGAAGCAGAUAUCAUCCGUGGUGAUGAGUUUAAAGGAACUGGUGAGGGCGACGUGCGUCGUGGUGGUUUAGCCCCUUACGCGUAUGUGCCACUCAAUAGGCAGUACAUGAAUCGGCGCCACCAGCGGGAGGCAAUACAACGGUUGGAAGUUGUAGCACAAAGAAGUAACUUAAAGGGAAACAAGGCUAAACUUUCUAAACUCGCUAAGCAACGGAGGGCAGAGAAAAAACAAAAAGUGAAUCUAAGCCAAUAA